UGUCUUAUAUCGAAAACAACGAAUUUAAAAAUAAUCGAUAAAGAGUGAAACGUAUAAGAAAAUGUCGGCUAGAUGGACAAAUCAAGCGCAAUCGAAUUCCAUGCUAGCAGGAACCCUGUUAUUCAUACCUGGUGGUAUGAACUUGGCUCUUGGUCUUGGGUGGAAUUAUUAUACUUCCGUUCCAACAACAGAGCAUUUACAGUUUAGUUGGUUCAUUGGAGUUAUUGUAGGUGCAUUCAUAGCAGCGCCACUCAUAACAUUUGUGCAAAAAAGAUGGUACAUGUUGUUCAGUGGCAUAUUGGUUCUAGCCGGAGGCAUUAUCUUCACAAGUGCACCCGAUAAUUACGACGCAAUAUUAGCCGCACGUUAUAUAAAUGGAUUUGCUAUUGGUUUUGCUGUUAUACCAUUUUUAGUGUUGGGUAGUGAAAUUGGCGUAAGAUCGUAUCGUGGCACAUGUCUUUCUCUGGAACAAUAUGGUCUGGCAUUGGGUAUUAUGAUACAAAUCGUUUAUGCAACACAAUGGUCUUCUUACUACGACUUCUCUGCUAAUCGUCUUCAUGGCAUCAUAACGAUUGUAAUAGCUGUAUUUGCGUUAGGAGCUACUUAUUCCAUAAUUGAAUCACCAAUCUAUUAUUUACGUAAGGGUGAUGAAGGUGCUGCUCUAGAAUCAUUACGUAGAUUGCAACGACCAUAUGUAGUAACUGAUGCGACACGCGCACAACUUGAGGAACUUAAGUUAUACAUGCAAGAAGAUAGAGAUAUUUAUGCACCUCGAACACACAUGCCCUUACUUAAAGCUAUUUUAUUCCGCGCUAUGGUUCCCUUUACUUUUACACUACCACUAAAUCUUACGAUUUUCUUUGCAAGUACUAUUAGUAUGGGAUAUGUGGACAGUUGGCCACCAAUUGUUUAUGGUGUACUACGCUUUUUGGGCACAUUCCUUCCAUUGUGGUUGAUGGAUGGUUUAGGUCGCAAAUCUGUAUCAUUAUUUUCUUUAUUAAUUAUCGGAGGACUCACUAUUGGUAUUGGAUCUAUUUUCAAUGACUCCGUUAACCUUUUAAGUGAAUACAAAAUGUCUGUAGUUUGCACACUUUCGCUAUUAAUACAGUUCUUUGCUGGUUUGUUUGUGCCUGCAACCUCAGCAUUUUUGGGAGAAGCCUUCCACUUGUCAGCGAAACCAUAUUGCAUGGCUUUAUGCGUUAUUGUAGAACAAGUCAUACAAAUCAUCAUCAUAUGUACUUUCACGUUUGGAGCAUCGUCUAUAUUCGCUUACUGCAUAGCAACAGGCGUUAUAAUGAUUGUUUUCACCUUACUCUUCUUCGUAUCAAUACCAGAGACCAGAAGCACUACUCUACGAGAAGCAAACAAUCGCUUCACUCAAACAGUAUACAUUAGUGUCUACUAAUUGCCUUUGAAUGAAUAACAAUUGCAAUCAAAAUUAAUAACUUAUUAAUAUAUUUUAUAUUUUAUGUAUAAAUAAACUUAAUUUUAUUAAAUAA